GGUGACUGAGGCUUAUAAUCAUACAGAAAGUUCCCAUGCCGAGCGCCUGCCGUGUUUAUGCAAGUGUAACAGCUGGAGUUGUCGCUCUUUCUGGAGGAAACUAGCGUCAUGGACCGGCGGGAAAACUAGAGCGUCACGAGAGCACCAUGUGCAGAUGUUUAAAAGCUAGAAAAUUUUGUAGUAACCUUGUUUGAGAUGUAUAGUCUCACUGCAGUGGCGUUUAUUACCGUCGUGGUGUCUUCGCUGCUGCUGGAAUGUACCCGGACAUGUCAGAAAGAAGAACGGUCUGAUUACGUUAAUGGAGACUGCCCUGUGAAACUAUCCUCUGUCCCACCCCAGUAUUCUGAUGGGACAUAUUUAGAGACUGUCGGUGUCAAUGUUUGGAUGAAGAACUGGGGUUCAUGUAAGACCUGCAGGUUAGACAUAUUCUAUCCAUUCUCAGCAUUCAAACCAAUAAGGAUUCGGCCUGAAAAGAAUAAAAGGUGUGACAAUGAAGGUGAAACUGGAGUUGAAUAUGUCUGGAAACAGGUUUAUUCUCUUAAGGCUGAGGCUGGAAAAUCUGUCUCUGUGUCUUACAUCACCCCAUCAAUAAACUGCAGUGUCAGCUACUCAGUGAAAGAUCCAGUACCAAACUUUGAAUUGUCUGUGAAUGAGUCGUCCAAAUCCAUCAAUGUCACCGUGGAGCCUGGGCACAAAGUUAAUGCUAGAUGGUGUUUCUCAAAAGAUAAAAUGUUAUGCUCUGGACCCCCUAAAAUUGUUAUUGAUCCAUGUCAGUCUCAAUCAGCUCUUCUUAACAUCCCUUACAUACUCCCCUGUGUCUGUGUGGAGGUAUAUUACAGACAUAUAAGUGAUGCUGAACGAUCGCGUAAGUGCCCAUUCCAGAAUAAAAGUCUGGCAGAUGCUGGAGAUGUUUGGCAGUCCUCCAAACUCACAGUGUACAAGUCCAGUCUUGAAUGGGGCUCUCAGUGUCCCGCCAGUGACCUGCAGAUCUCUGCCUCCCUCUGCUGGAGGCAACAUGAGCAUCUCUGUACACCUGUAUUCAACCUCACUUCACUGGAGACAGAAGGAAUGAACCUGAAAUAUAACAUAUCUGCUGUAGACAAACACCCCCAGAUGUGUGUACAGCUUUCUCUUCAAGGGAGCCAUAAUACGUCAUGCCCCUUCCAGCCUGAUGAGUCUUCAUGGGAGGUUCAUAUUGGACCAGGGCGACAGAGUGUGUUACUGCAUAUUACUUCUUCUGUUCAGGCAACAUAUUCAGCUCAGCUCUGUAUUCUAAACGAGAAGGGAUGUUCGUCAUUGGGCAAGGUCCACUCAGUGACAGUGGAGGGGUAUUCUUCCGAGACAAAUGUUCCUCUUCAUUUCCUUGCUGACAAGCCUUGUGUGCAGGUGUGGCGGUCUCAUCCUGCUCUUUCUGGCAGAAGAAUUUUGUGCCCGGAUUACAUGCACAACAGAUGGGGUUUAUACGCUGUUGCAGCUUUAAUAUUUGUGUGUGCUGUUGUGUCGCUGGGAAAAAUCAUCCACUGUCUCACCAAGAAUGGAGCUGUAGGUUGGCUCUCCAUCCAGAAGCCAGUGUUACUGGUCUGCUCAUCAGAGCACUCAGCACAUGUCUCUUCUGUGUGUGCAUUAGCCUCGAUCCUGCAGAGGGACCUGAGUGCCACAGUUCACAUGGCCCUGUGGGCCCAGAGCUCUCAAACACAGGCUGGGUCUGGGUCUGGAACUGGAGUGACAGAUCUCGGCCCACUUCCCUGGUUGUAUGGGCAGUGGGAAAAUGUGCUCAAAGCACAAGGAAAAGUACUGAUUAUUUGGAGCCCUGGAGCAAAGAAGACCUAUGAGACAUGGAGGGAGAAGAAGGCAAAUGUGGGAAAGAAUGAGGGAAAAAAGGGAGCAGUAGUGAAGCUUUUUCAAGAGGAUUGUAAACCAAAUGGAAGAAGACAGGGGAAAUCUAAAAUUGAGAAAGCUAUUGCAGAAAAAGAUUGUGUUAACUUGUGUGAUGAUGUAGACUGCAACUCCCCAAAGGAGUCCUCGUCAGUGAUAAUGCCUGUGUUUUUGGCUGCUCUAGCCCGCCUGGAGGGGGUACUGCAGGGUAACAAAGGUCAAGGAGUGGCCCUUGUCUACUUCCAAGGACUCUGUCGCAACAGGGACAUCCCAAAAGCCCUCAAAGAAAUCCCUCACUACUGUUUACCUUCAGAUUUCAGGGGUUUGAUACAAGUGCUUGGAGGGAUAAGACAACAGACAAAAACAGGUAAAUUCAGGUGGCACUGCUGGCCCAGACUCCUUUCUAAAGUGCUGUCAGUAUGGCUGGCACGGCGGCUAGCCAAGAGACUUCAAACACUGCUGCCUCAGACGCGUGGAAAGAAAUUGCAGGGGUUGAGUGUCACAUCGUCGCUAAAAAUGAACUCAGGUAAGACGCAGAGUGGGCUCAGGUUGCCACUGGCAGCUAACACAGCAAGGCAGGGGAGUGUACAAGAGCAUGAGCCGCUCAACGUGUCUCCAUGGGGAGCAGAGACACUUUGAGCUCAAGUUUCUGACGGGGAGAGACUUGUUUUUCUGGAAACAUGAGACGCAGGAGCUAGUGUUACAUUUGAGCACCAAAUGACUCAAAACAGCUUUUCAUUACUUGGAAGCUUAAUUUUGAAAUGUGAAAGAGAAACAUUACGCAAUAUGUCACGCUUUUAGCCUUAAAGUGAAGCUCUGUGUGUGGCCUUCCUGACUGAAACCAUCGGUCUUAUCUCUGUGACUUUGCUGCUGUCUACGUCUGGUUGCAGUUUAAUCUCAAUUUCUUCAUGAGAGUGUUUACUGUUUGUAGGCACAGGUGGCACACUGUCACUACUGUUUACUGUGAAAAAAUUUGCGUUUCGUAACAGACACUGAAGCUUUUCAGAGUGAAAGCGUGACAGGUGAAAAGAGGAAAUGACUCUUAUUGAAGACUGCUGACAGUUAAUCCUUGUGGUGGUGCUCUUAGAUGCUUUACAUAUUUAUCCCAUUAGACUUUGAACCAUAACAGGUCGACUGCUUCUAUUGAAUUCUGUGAAGAUGGCUGUCUUUACAUAUAGUAUUAAAUAUUUGUACACAAACUACCUCUUAAAAAACAAAAAAAGAUUAAUGAAGUUUGUGUUUUUUCUCCCCAUGUGUACAGUGCUUUUUAUCCAGCAAACAUGUGAUUGCACAUUGAAUAAAAAAUGCUCUGUCAGAUUAA